GGCUCCUACGCUCAGAUUUUGAGUUUGAUCUGAAUCUCCAACUAUACAUACAUACUAUACUAUAUUCUAUUUCAUAAAAUAAUUUAAUAGUAGAGUGUGCUCUGUGUGUGUGUGUGUGUGUGUGUGAAAAAUGGCAUCGGUUUCAGCUUCGCCGGAGAAGGAAAAGGAGAACGGAAAGCCGUCGGAGGAGGCGGCGGAGAUUAAGGUGAAGAAGGAAGCAUUAGGGUGGAUAGAAUGGAUGAUGGGGUGGUUCUACCUGGCUUACGAGAUGCUGUUCCAGAGGAUUGUCGCCAGCAAUUUGCCCAAUCCUAUGCCCCUCCCUCCGAUUAACGACCUCACUUUCGUCGUCACCGGCUCCACCUCCGGCAUCGGCAAGGAAAUCGCCAGGCAAUUGGCUGAAGCAGGGGGGCAUGUUGUGAUGGCGGUCAGAAAUACAAAGGCAGCUAAUGACUUGAUAAAGAAGUGGCAGGAAGAUUGGUCCGGAAAGGGUCUUCCUCUUGAUAUUGAGGUUAUGGAACUUGAUCUUCUUUCCCUGGAUUCCGUUGUGAGAUUUGCUGAAGCUUGGAAUACACGUUCAGGACCUCUACAUGCACUCAUCAACAAUGCUGGGAUAUUUUCCAUUGGAGAACCACAAAAAAUUUCAAAGGAUGGAUAUGAAGAACACAUGCAAGUGAACCAUCUGGCUCCGGCACUGCUUUCAGUAUUACUUUUGCCUUCCCUUAUUAGAAGCUCGCCAAGCCGUAUUGUCAACGUGAAUUCCGUUAUGCAUAGCUUAGGAUUUGUAGAUCCAGAAGAUAUGAAUGUUACAUCUGGCAAAAGAAAAUAUACUAGUCUGGUGGGAUAUACAAGCAGUAAACUAGCACAGAUCAUGUUUAGCAGUGUCCUGAAUAAGAAACUUCCAACUGAAGCAGGGAUAAAUGUAGCAUGUGUUUCUCCUGGAAUAGUCCAAACGAAUGUCGCUAGGGAUCUUCCGAAGAUUGUUCAAGCUGCAUACCAUUUAAUCCCAUACUUCAUUUUCAGCCCCGAAGAAGGCUCUAGAAGUACACUAUUCGCAGCAACCGAUCCCCAACUAGUGGAAUACUGUGAGUCCCUAAAGACAGAAGAUUGGCCGGUUUGUGCUUUCAUUAAUCACGAUUGCCGCCCCGCAAAUCCUUCCGAGGAAGCACACAAUGUCGAAACUUCAAACAGGGUUUGGGAGAAAACACUAGAGCUGAUUGGCUUGCCCUCAGAUGCUGUAGAAAGGCUUAUAGAGGGGGAACAGGUGAAUUGCAAAUACGGCUCCUCUUAAUAGUACUGUUUUACGUGAAAUGUUAUAUUAGUUUUAUUAAAACUAAUUCUUGUGGUUGGGUCGAAACAAGGAAUUUUAUCUUGCUGCUUGGUUACACGUCUCUGAGAGAGAUAUCUCUAUAUCCGGAUUUUCUUGUUUCGAUGAUUUUUGUGUUUGUAUGGAUUAGCACUAAUGCAGAACUUACAUUGCCCAGUUUCAUACUUGGUGUUAGGAGAAAAAUAUAAGAAAGGAAAACAUUUUUUAUGUGGGCAUGAGUUCCCAAAUACGAACUCUUUUGA